AUGUUGCUAAAGAUUGUGACUGCUCUGUUAGCUCUAGAUAUUGUCAGCAGUAGCCCGGAUAACGAAACAAAAUGUAGGCCUUUUUGUUUUUCUCGUUGCCGCUCAGAAGUUUUGCACGAUAUGCGAAUCUUCCCAACAUUUUAGCCCCCUCAUCCUCAGUAUAAGCUCCCGGAAUCCCCAGGAACAACUCCAAAAAAUCCCACCGAACACAUCUAAAAGACGAUUCGGAACUCAAGCAUACUUUGAACUGGGAAUGAUAUUCCGAAUGAGCCCUCUCUCUGCCAGCCCUUCCUUAUUCUCUUCGUCGGGAAAGAAACGGGUUCCUUUUAUGGCGAGAGAGCGUUUUUUUCUCGUUUCUAUUGCCGCGUUGUGAUGAGAAUUGGCCCGUGUUAAGACUGCUGUUGUGAACGAAAUUACAGUACGCUUCUUUGCAAUCAAUCUCAAGGGGUCUCAAGACACAAUUUCAGUCCAAAAUCAAGCUUUGUACAUCGAAACGCCUCUAAUAUAAUUAUAAAAAAAUGCAGAGUUUCUUUCCCACAUUUUUAUUGAGAAAAUUGAGUCUGACAUGUAGAGCUUUUUUCAGUAUGCCCAGACUUUGAUUCCUUCGACCGACCAAUCCGGAUCACCUCGGAGACCUGCAAGGAUAUGUCGUCGUAUGGUUUCGCCCUCCCUCCGGUCUUUAACAUCUAUAAAUCUCCACAAAUUGACUUUACUUUUCAAGUUGUAAGCUGACUUUCGUUGUCUGUAUGCAGAGACAAUUUUUACCUUAUGUUUUUUAUAAAAUACGUUAGUUGUAAAUCUCAUGAUGUAUAAUAUCCUUUACAUUCGUAACAUUUGCAGGGUAAAAUCAACGAUUCUUCAACCAACGACACUUGUUUACUCGAGUAAGUUCGGUUACUGCCGUGGCGCUCAGCGCGCGCGGAGAAACGAAAAGUUUGGUGGUUCGGGUGCAGCCGGGAGCGAAUAGUUCCUUGCCUUUCUUUGGUAGUUAAAAACGGCUUACAGCGUAGGUGAUAUAAACAUUGUUCUUUAGGCUGUAUUCGUUUUGUAAGCGUGCGUUUAGGGUGAUAUUUUCUGCAUUUCAUUUCUAGGAGAACACUUGACCCGAGUCUAGUCAUAUGUUUUGGUGGAAAAGAAACGAGAAAAAACGCUCUCUCGCUAAAAAAGGAACCCGUUUCUCUUCCGAAAAAGAAAAUAAAGGUGUGCCGGAACAAAGCAGAGGUCUUCGGAAAAUUUUUCCCAGUUCAAGGUACGCUUGGGUUUCGAACCAUCUUUUUGAUGUGUUCGAUGGGACUUUUUGGAACUGUUCCUGGGGAUUCCGGGGGCUUAUAUUCAGCAUAACGAAAGCAGUCUUCGUUCAGCUUCUCCUUGACCAUCAACACAUGCACCAUCUACGUUACCCAGUUCAAACAAAACGUCCCUUUUUAUGUCAAUCACGAUAUAUUCCUCAAAGCGAAGCGAAAAAAUGACCAAUUACAAUUGCUAGCCUAUGAUCACGGCGAAUCGGAAAUUCUCGUGAACUCGACUAGAUGUACCGAUAACUGGAGCACUCAGAAAUAUUUUUCAUUAACUCUAGAGUCGAAUGUCACAAAAAAUGAGUCGAAUUGCAUUUUUACUACGGUAAAUUUUAUUUAUUUUUUAUUAAGAGAAUUGAUUUUACGUUGUAUUUCAGAUCGCCGAGGAAUUUGCCUUGCUCUAUGACAAGAAACAGCACCAUAAAACAGUGGAAGUCAAGCCAGAUGGAAGCUUGAAAUCAUUGAUCAAGAUGGUCGAAUGCAAAGAAUAUUGUUUCUUGAUCCUGAUGGGGCACUUGAUCUUCUUGUAAGCCCAAUUUUGGAUCAAUUUUGUGUUGUUUUUAGGAUCCUUUCUUUUGGAAUCUUCUUCUACGCCCUUUCCAAGGUUCUUCGAUGGAAAGUAAGUCAUCCUGUUUUAUUUGUCGCCCAUUUACAGUAGACCUCACGAAGGUGAAAUCUUUGAGUCGAGACACUCUAGAAAAACAGGAGAGUCUGUCCGACAAAGAAAAUCAUAUGCUUAUGUUUUAUUGAAAUUUUAUUUUCAGCGUGACUCUCAAAGUUCAGAUUAUCCGGAUAAAGAAAAGAAACAGUCAAAAAAGGAAGGAAAUAAAAAGAAAAGAAAGGAGUCGCAGAAAGAAUCGAAGAGACAAAGCAAGGGGGAGAGCCAGAGGACUGCCAAGAAGGAGUCCAAGAAACAAAGCAAGAAGAGCCCCAAGCGAUCAACGGCUCCAACUCAAACCAAUAAUCUGACGGCGAGUCCGGUUAGCAGCAGCACUGUUUUGGAAUCGCGAUUCUGA